UUUAAUCCACUUUUUGUUUUUAUUUUUUAAAACUGUCAUCACGUCGCCGCCUUUCUUGCUUUCGAAGAAAUUAUCAUUUUCUCUUCAAACAACCAAACAGUAGGAUUUUUCUCGCACGCCAUAUUUUCCCGAGAAAAAAAAAGAAUGGACGACAUGGAUUCUACGCCAGUGAAUUGGGAAGCACUUGACGCUCUGAUCAUUGGUUUCGCCAAAUCGGAGAACUUGAUCGAGGGGCUUCUCGGUUCUUCGUCUCCACCCUCUUCUCCUGCUUCGCCGUCGUCUUCUUCUUCUUCUUCUUCUUCUUCUUCUUCCUCGCUGUCCACUUCGUCUUACCAUUCGAGGUUGAUCAUCUCGAAGACCAGACGCUCGUUAGAGGCCGGUGACAUUGACACCGCCAUGGAUCUCCUCCGCGCCCACGCGCCUUCCAUUCUGGACGAUCGUCGUCUUCUCUUCCGGUUACAGAAGCAGAAAUUUAUUGAGCUGUUGAGAAAAGGGACUGCCGAAGGUCGUGACGCUGCAAUUGCUUGCCUGAGGACAGCUCUCGCUCCUUGUGCCCUUGACGCCUACCCAGAAGCAUAUGAGGAAUUCAAGCAUGUUCUUCUUGCCUUUAUAUAUGGCAAAGAUGAUCAAGCUUCACCAGUGGCAAACGAGUGGUCUGAAAGAAGGAGGUUUGACGUUGCUGGAUUGAUGUCCUGUGUCUUAAGAGCUCAUUUACACGCAUAUGAUCCAGUCUUUUCAAUGACGUUGAGAUAUUUGAUAAGCAUACACAAGGGAUACUGCUUUCAGCAAGGAAUUGUGUCACCCAUUUCAGAUCUUACUCAGAGGUUGCUUCUUGAUGAGUGUGACCCUCCUGCAACAGCACAGGAGAGUCUCUAUGAAGUACCUCCAUUCGAUGAGGUUGAUGUACAAGCUCUUGCACAGGCUGUAGAGCUCACAAGACAAGCAGCAGUUGAUAGCUUGAGGUUUUCUAAGGGUGAUCUAUUUAUGGCAUUUCAGAAUGAAUUGUGUAGGAUGAGAUUGGAUGUUUCCAUGCUCAAUGAGCUUGUUUGUGAGUACUGUGUUUAUAGGGGAAUCAUGGAUUAUGGCCUUGCAUCCACUUUAGUUUUGGAACCUAAAGUUAAUCAACCUGAGCCUGGUUGGAGUUCAUCAAGAAAUUUCUCUCUUGAAGUGGAUUCUAGUGUUAACAAACAUUCUGAUGGUAAGACCUCCAUUAACAUGGGUGGUUCUCCUGAGAAUAAUGCUGAUGUGUCUAGCAAGCAAGGAACGGAUGUUGAGUUGCGAUAUGCUUGUGAGCCAUCAAGCAACCAUGAUGACUGUAGCACUAGUGGAUUGAAUGUGUCUGAAAAUCCAAGAGUUCUGCAGAGAUAUAGAACCCAUGGAUCUGGACAGAGGGGAAAACGCAAGAGAUGGAGGGGAAGAGAUGAUGAUCAAUAUGGUGUUCCUUUUGAUGAAUGCAGUAGGCAAGAGCUUAGCACAACUACCCUGGUAUCUAGCACUUCUAUCUCAAAGGAACAACAGGGCUCAGGGAAACACUCCAUUUUAGAUGUUAAUAGUAGGGUGGAUAAAUAUGAGAUUAUGCUGGGGAUGAAGGAUCUAGCUAGCAAGGGAAUGGCUGCAGAGGUUGUUGAAGAAGUUACUGCUAUGGAUCCAAACUUUUUUGUGCAAAAUCCUAUAUUGCUGUUCAAAAUUAUGCAGGUUGAAUUCCUUAAGCUGGUCAGCUCUGGUGACUAUUCUAGUGCUCUGAGGGUUGCAUGCUCCCAUUUAGGUCCUUUAGCUGCUAGUAACCCUGCCUUACUGAAGCCCCUAAAGGAGACUUUGUUGGCAUUGCUCCAACCAAAUGAAGAUGCACUUGGGAAAGGCUUGCCUCUUCAUGCCCUUUCAACUUCACUCCAGGUUGCAAUUGGUAGAAGGCUUGAUAUAGAAGAACCCCAGCUUAUGAAAAUAAUGAAGGUGUCCCUUUACUCUCAUGACGAGUGGUUUAAACUUCAAAUGUGUAAAGAUCGGUUUGAAAGUCACUUGAGGAUUGACUCCUUGAAAGAAGUUAACACACUGUUGCUCACUUCUGUCGGUAUGUCAAAUUUAAAUGGCGCUACUUCCACUCUUGGAUCUUCUCAAGUUACAAUAUCCUCAAGCACUAAGAUUUCAGAAGAUGGCAGCAGUCCUAAUCAAGUAUCACCUAGAGAUGUUGGCUGUGAUGAAAAUGCCAUUCUUAAAGUUAUGGAGUUUCUUGCUUUGCCAAGGGCAGACGCUAUUCAUCUUCUUGCACAGUACAAUGGAAAUGCAGAGAUGGUCAUUCAGCAAAUAUUUGCAUAGUUAUGAGUGUAAAACUGUAUAUAGCUGAAUGUAUUUGUUUAUUGAUUUGUGGAUAUUAUUUGAUACAAUUUCUAUCA